GUCUCCACUCUCGUAUCAGUAUGGCUUCACGGAGGCUCCUGUCACUUUGAAGAUCACGUACAACACAUGUCACUGCGUUUGUCAGUAAAGGAGAAACAUUAUAAGAAUAUCUGACAAAUUCAGUUGCUGAACAAGACAAUGUCUGACAAGAACCAAACCUCAGACCUUCCUGAUGUACACGGAGGCCGUAUGGAUGUGACACCUUCAGAUGACUCAGCGGUAGAGCACGGAGGAGAACCGGAUGUGUUAGAUCACUCGAAGACUGAGGAGGAUGAAGUUCCUAUAAAUACGUCUACAGGGCGUCUAGAGGAAAACCCUGACACUGGGCUAUUAAAUGUGAAGGAAGAGGAUGAGAUAGAUGACAUGAAUAGUCAUCAGCCUGAAAUACAUUGGUCCCUCCCUGCCGACACAGAUAACGCUGAUAUAGUGAAAGUUGAGAUAACAGAAGAUCUGUUUACGUGUGAUCAGGUGAAGACUGAGGAGGAUGAAGUUCCUAUAAAUACGUCUGCAGGUGGAUUCACAAACUGCCACAAUCCUAGUCAUGAUCAGACUUCAGAUGCUUCUUUCAAUCUUUUCCAAAAUCAUAGUAGCCAAGUAGGAAAUGUAUGUUCUGAAUGUGGAAAAUGUUUUACCAGGAAGGCAAAUCUUAUUAUACAUCAGAAAAUCCAUACAGGAGAGAGAGCAUUUUCAUGUUCUGUAUGUGGGAAAUGUUUUACUAAGAAAGUGAAUCUUAAUAGUCAUCAGAAAAUCCAUACAGGAGAGAAAGCAUAUUCAUGUUCUGUAUGUGGGAAAUGUUUUACUAAAAAAUCGUGUCUUAUUGACCAUCUUAAAAUUCAUACAGGAGAAAAAGCAUUUUCAUGUUCUGAAUGUGGGAAAUGUUUUACUUGCAAAUCACAACUUGUAAGACACCUGAAAAUUCAUACAGGAGAAAGGGGAUUUUUAUGUUCUGAAUGUGGGAAAUGUUUUAAUCAGAAAUCACAUCUGAUUAGUCAUCUGAAAAUUCAUACAGGAGAGAAAGCAUUUUCAUGUUCUGAAUGUGGGAAAAGUUUUACCUCAAAAUCAAAUCUUAUUGCUCAUAUGAAAAUUCAUACAGGAGAAAGGGCAUUUUCAUGUUCUGAAUGUGGGAAAUGUUUUACAAUGAAAUCAAAUCUUAUUACUCAUCAGAAAAUUCAUACUGGAGAAAGAGCAUUUUCAUGUACUGAUUGUGAGAAAUGUUUUAUUCAGAAAAUAGCUCUCAUCGCUCAUCAGAAAAUUCAUAUUAGAGAGAAAACAUUGUAAUGUUCAGAAUGUGGGAAAUCAGAUAUUAAUCUCUUAGAAAUGUAGAGAAUGACACGUAGUUGUCAUCCACACAAUGCCUAGAGUGCCGAAGAUGACUAUGUGUCAUCCUCCGGGGGGGGGGCACUUUAGGAGAUGAUCACGCCCCUGCACCUCAUACAGUUACGAGGUGGCCAUGAGUGUUCGGCAUCGCUGGAUGAAUACCCAAGUUCCAGAAACCCUGUAAGUGUUAAGCUGUUGCAGUCUAGAAUACGGAGAUAGAUAGUGGGUCAGUAGUUAAAGCCUCAAGAAACACCUACGAUCCACUGUUUGAAAGGCAAUUUUCUGUUCUCCCAUAUGGCAUGUAACUUGGGGAAAUAUAGUUUAGGUACAAAUAAAAAAUAAUAAUAAUAAUAAAGUGACCAAAUAAAAAAAUAAGAUAAAAAACAACAACUCAACAUCUGUAGUUAGGAGUCUCUAGGCUCUAUAAUAGACCAUAAAAAAGGCCUAAGCACCCCCAAGACCCCCUGUUUUAAAGAUAACUCCCUCUUAGAUAAAGCCUCUAUAUAGGUUUCAAUAGGCCAAUGAUUACUGUGGUAAUAGUUUUCAUCUGGCAUAAAUAAAAUGUGCAUUCGAGGUAAAGGAUCAUGGGAGCCCCUAUGUUCAGUUUAAAGUUAUAUAAAUAUACCUAAACACCUUUAUAUGAUUAAACCCUUCUUUGAAGUUAAGGUACCAAGGCCAUUAUGUUAGGUGACAGCUUCUCCAUCUGGACGUUAAAUUGAACAGAUGUACAGGGUGAGCCCCAACAGCAUCAAUAGUGCAAGAUGCCUACAAAAGGCCUUGUCUAGAUUAGGAUAUCCACCUCUGGCUGCAGGAUUCAACAUAAAUGCUUUAUUAACCUUUUAAUAACUACUCAUUGUAUGCAUUUAAUUAUAUAUAUUUUUUUAUUUUCUUUUGAAUUUCAAUGGCUCAAUGAAUUUCAUAUACAUCCAGGUUGCCUGAAUCAUAUUAUACUCUGCACCUAUUCUAACCAUUCUGGGUUAUGGAGCCUAUGACUUGCAUGCACUACGCAUCAGCUCCCCCUGCCCUAGUGACACCUCAGUGGAGCUUGUUUAUAGAGUUGCAGUGUAGUACUCUUGAUAUUGGUAUAACAGACUAUUAUCUAAUCGAACCUUGCUUGAUUUACUCUAUAUACAAGCUCCAUCGAGGUCACUAACGCUGGGGGAGCUGAUGUGCAGUGUGUGACUGCUGAUGCCUUGGCGCCCUGGCUGACAACUGUGCCUCAUGAUCCAUCAACGUUGACAGAAAUCAGCAGGGAGCUUGAGCAGUCACAAGCUGAGUUUUAUUGGAAACAGCUUGUGCGCACAUAUAGUCAACACUAACCUCAUGGAUGACACUGUGACAGUCACCACCACGCUGGAAUAUACCACUGUGAUGGAGAAACUUGUGGACCUUCAUAAAAACAUUUAUAAUUCUUCAAGUACUAUAACCGUAAUGACAGUGUCCCCCCAGCUUCUUUGACAGAACUAGUUUACUGAAGAUGCGCCCCAGUGUCUACAUAAGAAUUGGUUACCCCCAAACUGGCAGACACUGUUAUAUGGAGCCCUUGGACAUUAUACAAGAGGUAACAUAGAAAAUCAGAGAUGGAUAUUGAGUUUGGCAUCUUGGACUUCCAUGUUAAUAAUGCAGAUGUGAUGCCAUUUUCAGCUAAUAUAUUUGUGGACUAACACUCCUUUAUAUUUCCAAUUAUAUAUUUUUUGGACUGAUGUCUGCUAUUAAGGAAUCCGUCUCAUAUGGCUAAUAUUUAUAUUGCUCAAUACAAAGCGGUUUGUGAUUUGAUUGGUAAUGUUCUGUUUGUGAUCACUCCUGGAUAAACUUGUAAUUAUUAUAA